AAUGUACCUCGAUUCUAGACAGAAUUUAAUGCGAACAUGUACACAGACGACAUUUCUGUUUCGAUACAUACACAACAGUCACGAGUUAUAUACGCAACAACGUUGUUUCUUUCUGUCAUCAUCACCUUUUCCAUCUCUUAGAAGUUAUCUCAGUAAAUCUUCUUCACAUUUUUCUUCUCAAAGUUUUCUCAGAGAGAAAAAUGGCAGGAAAUGGAUGCUGCAAAUCAGGGCCAGGCUAUGCUACUCCUCUUGACGCCAUUAAGGGUCCAAGAGAAACUCUUAUUUAUGUCACUGCUGUUUACACAGGAACUGGAAUUGAGAAGCCUGAUUAUUUGGCUACGGUUGAUGUGGAUCCAAACUCUCCAAGUUUUUCCAAAGUGAUUCAUAGAUUACCUGUUCCUAACGUUGGUGAUGAAUUGCAUCAUACUGGUUGGAAUUCUUGCAGCUCUUGCCAUGGCGACCCGUCUGCAAAGAGAAGAUUUCUCAUCGUACCCGGACUUACAUCGGGUCGUAUACAUGUGGUUGACACCAAAACAGAUCCAAGGGCUCCAUCUUUGCACAAAGUUGUAGAGCCUGCAGAUAUCUUGGAGAAGACUGGAUUAGCUUAUCCACACACUUCUCAUUGUUUGGCUUCUGGUGAAAUUAUGAUCUCGUGUAUCGGAGAUAAAGAAGGAAAUGCCGAUGGAAAUGGAUUUCUACUUCUUGAUUCAGAGUUUAAUGUGAAAGGAAGGUGGGAGAAACCAGGUCACAGUCCAUUGUUUGGAUAUGAUUUUUGGUACCAACCGCGGUUCAAUACUAUGAUUAGCACAUCAUGGGGUGCUCCUAAGGCCUUUCGACAAGGUUUUAACUUGCAGCAUGUUGCUGAUGGACUCUAUGGGAGGCAUCUUCACGUAUACAACUGGCCCGGGGGCGAACUGAGACAAACACUGGACCUUGGUGAAAAAGGGCUUUUACCCUUGGAGAUUAGGUUCCUUCAUGAUCCUGCUAAAGACACAGGUUUUGUUGGGAGUGCAUUGUCAAGUAACAUGAUACGAUUUUUCAAGAAAGAAGAUGACUCAUGGGGCCAUGAGAUUGUGAUACAAGUGGAACCAUUGAAAGUGCAAAACUGGUUUCUUCCUGAAAUGCCUGGCCUUAUAACUGAUUUUCUGAUUUCUCUUGAUGACCGGUUUCUGUACUUCGUAAACUGGCUUCACGGCGAUAUAAGACAGUAUAACAUUGAGGAUGUCAAAAAUCCUAAACUAACUGGUCAAUUAUGGGUUGGUGGCCUUUUCCAGAAAGGAAGCCCUGUAGUUGCUGUUAAGGAUGACGGCGAAACUUGGCAAAUUGAUGUGCCCGAGAUUAAGGGGAAUAAGCUGAGAGGGGGUCCUCAGAUGAUUCAAUUGAGCUUAGACGGAAAGAGGCUGUAUGUUACCAACUCGUUGUACAGUGCUUGGGAUAAACAGUUUUAUCCAAAGCUUGUAGAGCAAGGAUCUCACAUUUUACAGGUUGAUGUUGAUACUGAGAAUGGUGGUCUGAAAAUCAACCCAAACUUCUUUGUGGACUUUGGAGCUGAGCCUAAUGGUCCUUCCCUUGCUCAUGAGAUGAGAUACCCUGGUGGUGACUGCACCUCAGAUAUAUGGAUUUAAAUAAGCAUUAGUUGUCAUUGUUAAAUCCAUAAGCAUUACUAUUAUCAUCAUUUCAUUGUAUGAGUGAAUGAAAUGCAUCUUUGAUGCAGUUGAAAUUUGAAAUAAACAUCACUUAAUAAUGUACUUGUUCCUCUUCAAUGAUUAGUACUAAUAGAUUGGAAUCCAAGAUUGGAAUA